UGGACCUAACCUGUAUCCACUUUUCACUUUCACGCCUACUGUCGACUUAUUCCCUUUAGCUCCACCCUUAUGACGUCCUAUCUAUACCUUAGCAUUUAAACCUUUCUUAACACUCCUACUCUUCCCUAAUCAACCAAUAGAAUAGCAUUGGAUAAUAUUAAACACAUAGCUGCAUGCUGCAUGCGAAAAAUAUUGUAUACGUCGACAGCAUGACAGAUUCGUCUCAACUUGCGAACGAGUAACACAUAACUGUUAUCUCCAACCACUUGUAACUCUUUAUCGUAUUACGCCAUAAAUUAAAAUAAAUCAAUAUAUGUAAAAAAUAAAGUCUUUGUAGAUCAAUUUGUACAAAGAAGAGUGAGUAUACAUAAUAAUAAAUAUAUAUUUCACUCCUACACUCAACACAUAUAAUUUGGAAAAACAUAUUUAAAAACGUUUUAUUAUCUUCAUAGAAUAUGAGAAACCGUAAAAGAACCACUGAAAGGGGUAAGACACCAGCACACAUUAUGCUAAGGGCUGCAAGAGAGGUCAAAUUAAAUAAUGAAUCCAUUAGAGGAGCAGGAACCGAUUACGAUAUCCCUGAAAGAACCCUGAGACGAUUUCUGCAGAAAGUCACGGAUGAAGAGCUUUAUGGCACUAAUGAACUACCUACAACUGCAGUCGGCUAUAUAAAAAAUAGACAGGUUUUCUCCGACGACCGAGAGAAACAAUUAGAGGAAUAUAUAUUAAAGGCUGCCGAUGUAUACUUUGGCUUAUCACCAAAACAGAUAACAACUUUUGCUUAUGAAUGGGCUGUCUCACUAAAAAUUAAAUUUCCCGAUUCCUGGAAUACAAAUAAAUGCGCCGGACAAGAUUGGUUUACCUAUUUUAUUAAAAGACGCGCUGGUCUGUCUAUACGUACGCCGGAAGCCACAAGUUUGGCACGAGCAUCAGGAUUCAAUAAGCACAGUGUAGGAAAUUUUUUUAAAAAUCUGAAAACAGUUCUGCAUAGGCUACAAAUUGGUCCUCAGGAUAUCUACAAUAUGGAUGAAACUGGAAUUACGACCGUUCAAAAACCUGACAGAACUGUAGCAAGAAGGGGCUUUAAACAAGUAGGUCGAAUCACCUCUCAAGAAAGAGGCACAUUAGUGACUCUCGCGAUAGCUGUAAACGCCAUUGGUAAUAGCAUUCCGCCCUAUUUUAUUUUUCCACGCGUUAACUUUAGAGAGCACAUGCUCUCUGGUGCCCCACCUGGAAGCGCUGGCGCAGCUAACCAGUCUGGAUGGAUGAAAAAGGAGCAUUUUCUGCACUGGUGUCAACAUUUUGUUAAGCACCCUGGUUGCUCCAAAGAAAGGCCGGUACUUCUGUUGUUAGACAAUCAUGACUCCCAUUUAUCAAUUGAUUCUUUGGACUAUCUUAAAGAGAAUGGAGUGACGGUGUUGUCCUUUCCGCCACACUGCUCUCACAAGCUACAGCCGCUGGACAGAUCAGUGUAUGGGCCCUUAAAAAAAUAUGUAAAUACAGCAUGCGAUGGUUGGAUAACCAGUCAUCCAGGGUCUAGUAUGACCAUCUACGAUGUCCCUAAAAUUGUGGCCGUAGCUUUGCCAAGCGCAAUAACACCAAAGAACAUAACAGCAGGGUUUAAAGUGUCAGGAGUUUAUCCAUUCAAUGAAUGUGUCUUUUCUGAAGACGAAUGUCUUCCCUCUUAUGCUACUGACCGCCCACUUAUUGAGCAAGCAAAAUAUGAUGAAAUUGACAGGAAACCUAAUAAUAGCCCUAAACCUAAAAUAUCUCAGGAUACUAGUCCCCAACCAGGAACAUCUCGGGAUUAUUCUGAAAUUCUUAACGCUGAUAGCUCAAUGCCAAAAACUUCUGAGAUAAACCCACCGCUCGAAGAAAAAACUCCGGAAAAGCAAAUAAUUAAAAAUAUUAACAUAUUAGCCAAAGAAGAUACCGAGUUGAACACCCAAAAAAAACAGUCAGUCCAUUUGAGCUAAAGCCCCUGCCAAAAGCUCCACCAAGAAAAAAUGAGAAUAAAGGAACUCGAAAAAGGCGUCACACCGAGAUUUUGACAGAUACGCCAAUAAAAGAGGCACUCAGAGAUGAACAAACAAAAAAAGUUCCAAUAAGAAAAGAGCUUAAAAAUAACAAAGAAAACAAAAAACAAAAUAAAAAGAAGAAAAAUGUAAAUAAAAAACAAUUGGCUGAAGAAUGGAGCGAUGAAGAUGAGUGUCUAUGCGCUUACUGCCUUGAUACUUUUACAAACAGUCGUCCGGGUGAGGAAUGGAUUAGAUGUUUUUCAUGCAGUGGGUGGGCACACAAAGAAUGUGUGGGAGAAGAUAACGCUCCUUUUUACUGUAUUAAUUGUAUGAGUGAGUAGAGAAGUGUUUGUAACUUAAAAUGUUAAUAUUUUUUAUUUUAAGUCUUUGUGACCUAAGUUCAUUAAAGAGUUAGUUACCUAAUUUUCUUAUAAGUUUAACACUUAACGAUAACUUUGACUGUUUUUUUAGUUUUACUUUUUAUUACCUGAGUUCAUUAGUUAAAUUUUCUAAUAAUUU